AUGAUCGUGGAGGAGGAAUUUGAGAUCAAGGAGGAGGAACCGUGGUACGACAAGCAAGACCUUGAACAUGACCUGCAGCUGGCGGCCGAGCUCGGCAAGACGCUCCUGGAGAGGAACCGGGAGCUGGAGCAGGGCCUGCAGCAGAUGUACUCCACCAACCAGGAGCAGCUGCAGGAGAUAGAGUACCUGACGAAGCAGGUGGAUCUCCUCCGGCAGGUCAACGACCAGCAUGCCAAAGUGUACGAGCAGCUCGACGUCUCGGCCCGAGAGCUGGAGCAGAGCAACCACAAGCUGGUUCUGGACAACAGGACGGCCCAGCAGAAGAUCCACGGGCUGACGGAAACGGUGGAGCUGCUGCAGACGCAGGUGGAGGAGCUGCAGCACCAGGUGGAGGACCUGAAGCUGAGUCCUUGUCAGCCUCAGAGGCCUCCGAGCAGAGAGAAGUGUCCUCGCAGCACUCAGAGCGUGUCCUGUCUGCACGAGCUGCACAACACGCUCAGGUACGACUACGACGACGAAGAACCGUCGGACGACCUCGAGUCCUCUGCAGCGUCGUGGCACGAGGAGGAGCAGGCGUCGCUGCGACAGUCGCUUCGCUCUCUGCAGACCCAGUUUGCCACUGAGCGCGCUCGCAGGCAGGAGGCGGAGCGAGAGGCGGAGCUGCUCGCAGGAGAAAACGCGGCGCUGGAGCAGCAGCUGGCGGCGAUGGAGGGAUGCCAGGCCCGAGUGUCUGAGCUGGAGCGUGAAGCCGAGGAGCUCCGUCAACUCUGGAAACUGGAGACGUCCACCAGAUCCAGCAGGCCGGACGUCUGCCUGCUGCCGCACUCCAUGUUCCUGAACCCGGACGAGGAGCACGACGGCGAGGCGCCCAAGAGCCCCGCCGUCCUGAAGCGCUGGGGCAGCGAGCGGCUCAUGAAGGCCGUCCAGACGCCCGACUCCCCCGGCAGGAUCUACGACCACGAGUGCUCGUGCGUGCGGCGGGCCGAGGUGGUGAAGUAUCGCGGGAUCUCGCUGCUGAACGAGGUCGACGCCCAGUACAGUGCCUUGCAGGUGAAGUACGACGAGCUGCUGCGACGCUGCCACCUGGGCCUGCAGGACGAGGAGCAGGACGGCCAGAGCCACAAGUCGGUGCAGACGGCGUCGCUAGCCGCCUCUUGUCCCGCUCUCACGGACCUGGAGGACUUUGAGGACGACUUUCACCAGCCGGAGUACAAGGAACUCUUUAGGGAAAUCUUCUACCGCAUUCAGAAAACCAAAGAAGACCUGAAUGAGAACAGGGGGAGGCCCUCAGCUGAUGGAGCGCUGCCUGUUUCGCAUUAGAAAAAAAACAAGAGAAGAAAAGACCAGCUGAGAGAUUAAUUAUCGUCUUCCAGUUAUAUAGUGACUCUGUGGAAAUACUUUGAUUCGCCCAGAAAUGGUGACCGCCACCCAGAGGGGAGAGUGAUGCAGGAACAAGAGGGCUUCACACCAACCAGCUCAGACGUGGCUCAUUUUGCACAGAAACACCAGUGCCUCCUCCCGCCGCCGCCGCCAUCGCCGCCUCUACUGUACAAUCCUCUACCUCACUCUGCUCGCAGACAGGAAGCACUUCUGAGGAACAAUCGGACUUCUUCUCGUGAGCUGGCGGCGUUUUAUUUUACGGGUCCUAUAGUUUCCGAGAAGAGAAAUCGAUGUUAAUUUGCAAAAAAAAGUUUGAGGUAAAGAUGCGGUUUGGUUCUAAUUGUAGGAAAUAUGGAGGCAGCAUUCAGCUAAAGUCGAGCUUUUAGUCAAUAUGCAGCAGAUGAACAACUACUGCAAACGAACUGUACUCAGAGUAAAUUUCCUUCUUUCACUGGAAAUUCUUCAGGGCUGCAACUGAUUAUUUUUCAUGUAUUGAAUAAUCCGCCACAGUUUUUAAUAAGUGUUUAAAAAAACAAACAGCCGACAAUGAAUCGAAACUCAAAUGUGCAGUUUAUUGUCAUAGAAGCUAAAAAGCUGGAACUUUGUGCUUAAAAAAAAAAUGUCACAAACGACACAAACACUCACAUUUUGGCAAAUUUUAACUGAAGCUGUUUACACAUGAACAUAUUGAGAAGCAUUAAUUUGGAGUUUAUGUCCAUGUGACAAACCAGUACUGUCCCUCUUUUAGCUCUGUUUUUGGUCUCCUCCACUUUCUGAGCAGCUAAAUGCUCACUAAUUGUGCCGCUUGUUGCCCAACGUGUUGUUGGUGUUUAAAUGCUUUGAGAGCAGCGAGAUGGAACCAAAGCAAUAAAGCAGUUGAGUGAAAGUCGCCAUGAAGUUGAUAAUUCAGGUGAUUUUUUUUUUUUUGGCUCUUGACUACAUAUUUGAAACUUCCUGUUCAACACCUACUUACUCAAAUCUCCAGUUUCCUGUAAUUACUCCUAAACAGAAAACAGCAUCAGGGAAUGAUGGACCUGUAAAAUAGAAUUUAAUCACUGUAUCUGCUGUUUGUUUAUGUAAAGACUUUCUAAUUUAUUUCUUGGUGAUAGUUUGCCUGCGCCUAUAAGAGCAACCGGCCCACGGUUGACCAGUAUGCAACGUUAUGUCGGUGGAGGAGUUUUUAUCGAGUCAAGGUGCUCAAAUAGGAUUUUUCUUUUUUGUAAUUGUGACACAUCUCUCUCUCUAUGAAAUGAUUAUUCUACUUGAUUACUGUACUGUAGGUUAGACUGCUGAGUGAACGUCGUAGUAAAGGGACGUUUACCAAAAUAAUAACCGAUAGCUCGAAGCUUUUCGCCGCCUGAUGUUUGUGAGUCCUCGUCCAGCUUAAAGACUGUGCACAUUGUCUGUAAAAUCACGUUGAGAUGCACUUUAGAAACUUAUCAACGCUCUUCUGACACUUUAUAUCUCCGCUGUAUGUAGUCGAUGUUCUGAUAAUCUGCAGUAUGUGUGUGUUUCUACCUGUUUCAUGACUGGAUCUGGUGGUUGCUGUCGCUGCUCUGAGCCAUAAAACAUGAAGCAAGCCGA